CCCGCCCUUUCAAACAAUAUUAUUAUGAGGCAAAAACUCCAAACAUCACUGUCUGUAUCAUAAGCUGUCCAAAAUGCCCACUUCUACAUUCUGCAUGCGACGACUAUGCGAGAUGCUACCCAAAAAUGUUAUACUUUAAAAAUAAUUUCUUCAAAUUUGAUUCAUAGGACUAAUUGAUUCUUGUGGACAGUGCUUUUCAAUCAUAUUUUGCCUGUAAAAUACACGUAUAAUAUCUAGUGUUUAUUGGCUAAGGUCGCCUGUAUUUAUCAUUUGAACCGCAACUUUGAAAUGGAAGUCGAUAACCCAGAAGAAGGUGCCUCAACCUCAACCUUGGCCGUAAUAGAUCCCAUGGAAGGAUGUUCUACCAGUACGAACAAUGUGUUUACUACUGUGCCUCCUCAAACGAAAACUGUUAAAAGUGAUUUAAAUACGCCAUGGAUUGAAAAAUAUCGUCCGAAAUCAUUCACAGACAUUGUUGGAAAUGAAGAAACUGUUUUGCGAUUGGAAAAGUUUUCUUCAUGCGGAAAUGUACCAAACAUAAUUAUUGCGGGUCCUCCUGGUGUUGGUAAAACUACAACGAUAUUGGCUCUAGCUAGAAUACUUCUAGGAGGUGCUUUCAAAGAAGCUGUACUAGAAUUAAAUGCAUCCAGUGACCGUGGUAUUGAUACUGUAAGAAACAAAAUCAAAAUGUUUGCCCAACAAAAAGUCACAUUGCCCCCUGGUAGACACAAAAUAAUUAUUUUGGACGAAGCCGAUAGUAUGACUGAUGGAGCUCAGCAAGCACUUAGACGUACUAUGGAAUUAUGGAGUAAUACAACAAGAUUUGCACUUGCCUGUAACAAUAGUGACAAAAUUAUUGAAGCGAUUCAGUCACGUUGUGCCAUGUUGCGAUAUGGAAAACUUUCUGAUCAAGAGGUCAUGACUCAGAUGCUUAAAGUCUGCAAAUCCGAAGAGGUAUCGUUCAGUGCCGAUGGUUUGGAAGCUGUUGUAUUUACUGCUCAAGGUGACAUGCGACAAGCGUUAAACAACUUACAAUCUACAUGGAAUGGAUUUAGACACGUCGAUAGCACAAACGUAUUUAAAGUUUGUGACGAGCCACAUCCCUUACUUGUUAAAGAAAUGUUAUUGGAAUGUGCUGACCAAAAUAUUUCUAAGGCUUAUAAAAUAAUGGCCCAUUUAUGGAAACUCGGUUAUGCCCCUGAAGACAUCAUUACAAACAUAUUUAGAGUUGCUAAACAUUUGGAAAUCAAAGAAUCUCUGAAAUUAAAAUUUGUACAGGAGAUUGGAAUGGUUCACAUAAGGAUUGUGGAAGGAAUGAACUCAUUACUUCAAUUGUCAGGAUUAUUAGCCAAGUUGUGCACAGCAGCUGCCAAAACAGGCGGUUAAAUAAGUUAAAAUUGUAUUGAUAUAAGCAUCAAUGUUAACUUGAGAUGCAGUAAGUAUAAUAAAAGAAAUCUCAAAAAUAAACUUCCAACCAGUGGCGUGGCAAAAUAAAAAUUUUACAGAGGCAAGUUACAAAUUUCUCAAGUAUUUAUACAUAAUAAUGUAUUAAUAUAAUAUAACUAAUUAUAUUUCAGAUCGUUAUUAUCGACUACCUAUUGAGUAUAUCAUAUUACAUUUACUAGGGGACCCACCGGCUACCACCCGCCCCUCUAUUUAAGAAAAAUCUCAAGAGGCAAUUUCCUCUGAAAUUACCAGUCACCAUACCGCUGUUUCCAACAUUUUAUGCAAGUUAUGAUGCAACCUUUUUUUGGGAACUUUGUUAUAAGAUAAAAGAGUCGAAUUGGACUGUGCUAAUAAAAAUAUAGAUUUUCAUUUGUUUGAAUCUUAACAUUGCUGAAUCAUUUUAUUUUUAUAUAAUAUACUACAAAUUGAUUUUGUCUUAUAAGU